AUGUCCUCGGCCGCGGAAGCAACGGCUCGCAAUGAGGCUGCCCUCGGCCGUAACCCCCACGGCGACUUCAAGUCUGUCGAGGCUUCGCGCCCACCCUUCGACGGCAACAACGGCCUCCGAUACACCCAAACACCCGCGCCAGAAUGGAAGUACGGAUCCGGUGCAAACACCCCGGCACCUGCGUCGGCAAAGCACAUCACCAUUGACCCGUACGCACCGGACCGCCCGGCCCGUCUGAACUACAAGCUUCUCAUCGGCGCCGUGGUCCCGCGCCCGAUUGCCUUCGUGUCGACGGUGGGUGCCGACGGGUCGCACAACCUGGCGCCUUUUAGCUACUUCAACAUGAUCAACCACGACCCGCCGCUGUUUGUAAUUGGCUUUGCGUCGGCCGCGUCGGGCGAGACGGCCAAGGACACGGUCCGCCACCUGUCAGAGACGGGCGAGUGCGUCAUAAACAUCAUCAGCGAGAGCUUCGUCGAGGCCGCCAAUGCCACGAGCGUCAACGCCCCGCAUGGCGUCUCCGAGUGGGAUCUCAGCGGUUUGACGCCCGUGCGUGACUGCGAGACCGUCAAGCCGCCGAGGGUGGGCGAGGCUAUUUUCAGUGUCGAGGGUAAGGUCGAGAGCCUACGCGAGUUCAAGAGCAAGAGCACACCGGGUAAAACUUCUGGCACCAUGGCAGUCAUUGAAGGGACGAGGUUCUGGGUUAGGGAAGAUGCCAUUAAUGCCGAGAGGGACUUGAUUGACCCCAAGGUAUUGCGUCCAAUCAGCCGUCUGGGAGGUAUCACUUACGGUCGCACCACAGAGGCGUUCGAGUUGACAAGACCAGACUUUGAGAAGGACGUUGGUGGACAAGCGGGUUAUGAAAAACUCAAAUCCGACGCUGCCGCCAAGUGA